AUGCCUGCUGUCUCUGGCGAUGAACGAGAACCGCGUCGAAUCCGCUCUACGACGAUAACUUCAGAGGCAACGACGACAAACCAUACGCGUCCGUCUGCUUCCAAUCCGAAUCCCAAUGGCCGCAAUGGGCCCACGCCAGAGCCAGUCACCCCCACGGCGUCUCCUGCGCAUGUCUAUCAACAUGCUAAUCCUCGAAAGCAGCCCAUUUCUCUCCUCCCGCCGCCUGUGACUCGCCGCGUUUCUGCUCCGAGUCGCCAGCCAGGGAAUAAUCCCCCAAGACCAUCUGCCCCCGUGAAUACACCUCCAUCCCAGGACAGCUCAAUCGCGAGUUCUGUUCAGAGUGCGCGCAGAGCUGACAGCAGCGACCCUCAGGGAGCAGCAGGAGCAGCAGGCCGUGCGCGGGGACUGACCGUGACACCAGGGAGACCACAGUCGAUGUAUGUCACAUCGAAUGCUGACAGUGCCAUCAUCUCCGACACGCCACAGCGAACCACCCCUAACCGACCGACAAGGCCUCUGUACACGGACAGCAUCCCCUGGUCUUCCAGAGGCUCCCUCUACAGCGGCCCACUCGACAGAUCUCCAAAUGGUCCUGCUCUCCUACUCAUGGCGGACCCUAAUCUACCCCCAAGUGCCACCAAUUCAGUCUGGAACGACAACCACACCAUUACCUCGUUUGGGAUGGAGACGGAGAUUGUGGAAAACGACGAUGUAGACGAGGACCUGUUGUCGGCCAUGGACGCGGUCCAGAGUGCGCAUAUGCGCCGUAUCACCCACUACAAACGUCUACUCGAACAAGGUCAAUCCAGCGCUGCCUCGCAACUUCAUGCGCUCCAGGCAGAGCUGAAACUGCUUCGGGGAACGCUCGACAAGGAACGGGCCAUUUCGCACGAAAAUGAACUCGCCAGGGACCGUGAUCGGUUAGCAUUGACGCUACAAAAGAAGGAGACUGCCGUCGAAGAGUUGCCAUUUGAUCUUGCUAGCAUUCUCCGCGGCGACGGAAAGGGCGGUUUCAAUGAAUCUGACGUUCGGCGUGCAAUUCGUAGUCUGCAGAUUCCAGAGCGCAUGCGAUUGAUCGGCAUCAUCCUUGACUGCUGCAUACCCGGAGACAUUUCCCAGCAGAUUCGCUUGCUCGAGAAAUACCGAAAGUCGACGUUUGACGUCCUCACAAAUCUACCGACCGACAUUGCACUCACCAUUCUCCGCUUUCUCUCAGUACAACAGUUGCUCGGCAUUGAAACCGUCUGCAAAAAGUGGCAAGAGCUGGUGCACAAUCCAGUGCUCUGGAGACACAAUUGUCUCGUGCUCACAGCGACAGAUCCCAUCCCACUACGACCGCCGGCUCGUGUCGAAGAUUGGGAAGCGCUUUAUAAAUCACUACACCAUCGUGAAUCCAACUGGAAGAAUGCAGUCCCUCAACAUAUCCGAUUCCUCAACGGUCAUACCAAGUUUUGUACCCGGCUGUUGCUUAGAGGCAAGCGCCUCAUCAGUGGGAGCUACGACGAGACGAUCCGUAUUUGGGAUAUCGAGACUGGCGAAGAGAAGAAAUGUCUCCAGGUUCAAAAAGCUGUCAGCUGUCUCGAUUUUUUGGCAGAGGAAGAAGUCUUUGCCGUCGGGUUCCACGACGUUGGGCGUGUUCAUCUUUAUUCGUCGGUCACGUUCAACCCGUUGCAGCAACUUCAGGGUCAUUUGUACGGCAUUCGAUCUGUCGCGCUCUCGCCCAAGCACCUCAUCUCUGCCGGUGCAGACAAGGCGUUGGUGGCGUGGGAUUGGAGAAAUGGCGAAAAGAUUGUCAAGUUUGGACAACAGACGAAUCAGAAUAUUGGCGUGCAGAUUCUGCGGGCCACGACGCCGCGGCUUGCGGAAGAAGUUGGGGAACGGUUCGUGAGCGUGACGAUUGAUGGCAUCGUCCGUGUGUUUUCCAUUAAGCGUCGCGAGAUGAUUUCCAGCUUUAGCCUUGCGUCGUUGGGUGCUGGAAACCCGGUUCUCGCGGCUAAAAUCUCUCAAGUCGGUGCCAAUGCCAAUAAUAUGCUCCAAUGGUUCGCCGCAGAGGGGAAUCAAAUGACGUGUUCGACAAAGUCGUUGAUUAUGCAUUUGCAAUGGGUGGACGAAUCUGAUUUGUACAAUUCGCCCGCUGGACAACCGUCGACCCUUUCGUCACCCACGACGUCGAGUGGUCCAAAGACACCGUCAUCAACGGCGCCCUCGGCUUUCCGCUCGCAAGGACCCAACACACUCAAGAGAUCGGGAGGGAGCUCGAGUGGUCCCACUGCCGGCAAUGGUACCCAACUCAGGCGAUCCAGUGGUCCUCUUCCUCGACUUAGCGUCCCCGCUCCGACGACGCCUCGUGCACCCAACUUGUCCAACUCGACGCCCAUUCGACCGUCGCCCAGGAUUGUGUCGACUGGUUCAAAGGGUCCCGUGUCCCCUGCGGCGCGCAAGAGUUCGCUCACAUCGAAUACACUUCCGCGUAUUAUUGCCAUUGUAGAGACGCCGGAUAUUGCUUCUGGUGCGGUGGAUCCUCGAAAGAGACGAGUCGUCACGGCUACUCGGUUUGGACAGAGGACUGAUGCGGAUCGUCGAAUCUUUUUGUCGACUCAUAGAGAUAGAGUGACUCCGCCGCCACUAGAGGAAAUCGAAGAGUUGGCUGGCGAGUCGGGCGCAGAAAAGGCGAAUGAUGAUCCUGCGCGGCCCUCGCUUUCGCACAGCAGGCGGAGUAGCGUCAGCACCGUUCACAGUGCGAUCAGCAACACGAGCACGACGAGUCCACCUUUGCGAGGCCACUAUCAUCACCGGAGCUCCAUGGUCGACUUUGAUACGACGGUGGAUGCGCUGGGUGGUGUAUGGGCCGAGCUUGCGUCGUUUGAUCCCCUCGAUCCGAAUGCUGUUCUUGCGCUCAAGAGUGUCGAGGGCGUCUCGGGGGAUUUGCCGGCAAAGUUUCGUGGAUUGGCGACGCCUGCGAUGAAUCCAAUGUCGUUUGCGCUCAGUCAUGAAGAAGUUGUCGUUGGAUGUGCGGAUGGCACGAUAUACGUGAUGAAUUUUGUGGGUUACAAGUACUCGCGAAGCGCGUCGCAAGCGUUUGAUAUUCAACUCGAAUCACCUACGACCGUCGAAGAAUACGACGACGCUACGCCACCGACAUCCGCCUUUGAACACGGUGGACCCGCUUCCUUUAAUUCAACCUAA